AGCCGGUAAGGAUUUCCUUGCAGGCCUUCAAGCCGAGGCAGCGGUAGCGGAUGCGUUGCGGUGAAAACACUGGCUUCUCGUUGUUUUUAAGCUGAAUAUACUUCAAGAAUGCCGUAUGCUAACCAGCCGACGGUUAAAAUCACAGAACUGACGGACGAAAAUGUCAAGUUUGUCAUAGAAAACACUGAUUUGGCGGUUGCAAACUCUCUCCGUCGUGUCUUCAUGUCAGAAGUUCCCACAAUAGCCAUAGACUGGAUCCAGAUUGAUGCAAAUUCAUCCGUGCUGCACGAUGAGUUCAUCGCUCACAGAGUCGGCCUCAUUCCCCUCACCAGCGAUGACAUAGUGGAUAAAAUGCAGUAUUCAAGGGACUGCACCUGUGAUGACUUCUGUCCCGAGUGCUCCGUGGAGCUGACCCUGGACGUCCGGUGCACCGAGGACCAAACGCGUCACGUCACCUCCCGCGAUCUGCUCUCCAACAACCCCAGAGUCAUCCCCGUCACUUCCAGAAGCAGAGACAACGAUCCCAACGACUACGUGGAGCAGGAUGACAUCUUGCUGGUGAAGCUCCGUAAAGGCCAGGAGCUUCGUCUCAGAGCGUACGCCAAGAAAGGCUUCGGUAAGGAGCACGCCAAGUGGAACCCAACGGCGGGGGUUUCCUUCGAGUAUGACCCGGAUAAUGCGCUGAGGCACACGGUCUAUCCACGACCAGAGGAGUGGCCAAAGAGUGAGUACUCUGAGAUUGAGGAGGAUGAAGUUCAAGCCCCCUAUGACCCCAAUGGAAAGCCAGAAAGGUUUUAUUUCAACGUGGAGUCCUGCGGCUCUCUGCGGCCGGAGACCAUCGUCAUGUCGGCGUUGGCGGUCUUGAAGAAGAAGCUGAGCGACUUGCAGACGCAGCUGAGCCAUGAGAUCCAGAGUGACGUGCUCACCAUCAACUGAAGGCCACGCGUGUUCACGGAGCUCUGUUUGCUACCCGAGGCUUAGCCCCAGAGUCUCUGUUCAGACCGAACCCUGAUCUGUUGGACUAGAAUCAUCAGUCGUCUUACAUUCAUUUCUGUGUCUCAGUUCCCAGCGUAGCGUCGUCGUUUCGGCGCCGGCAGAAGCUGAAAAACGUGUUGCAGGAUCGUUGUUUCUGUACUCUUGUUGCUCUAAGGGUACAGCAACAAGCUCUAAGAUGAAUAUUUUUCCUUUGCGUCUCUUUUUAAAUAAAUCAGUUUUGUUGUA